AUGGUGUAUUAUUUCACGUCCAACGUGGUUGAGCCGGCGGGCUUCAUCUAUGUGGGCAAAGAUAAGUAUGAGAAUGAGGACUUGAUCAAGUAUGGCUGGGAGGAAGAUGUCUGCGCCCACAUCUACCUUCGCAUGCAGCCUGGCCAGGCUUGGGAUGACUUGCCCCAGGAGCUGGUCAUGGACCUGGCGCAGCUCACAAAGGCAAACUCAAUAGAAGGAAAUAAGAAAGACAACAUCACCGUCAUCUACACCCCGUGGGCCAAUCUCAAAAAGGAUGGAAGCAUGGACGUCGGCCAAGUCAGCUUCCACGAUCAAAGAAAAGUCAAACGCAUCCUCGUCCCCAACCGCGAGAACCCCAUCGUCAACCGCCUCAACAAGACCAAAGUCGAAAAGAAGCCCGACCUCAAGGCUGAAAAGGACGACAUGCUCAAGCAGCUACGCGCCAAGGAGCAGGCAGCACUGCAAAUCAAGAGAAAAGAAGAACAGCGACAAGCUCAGGAGUGGAAAGAGAAGAAAUGGCAGAAAGACCACGCCUACGAUGAAAUAUUCACCGAGGAGAACAUGGCCGCGUCGAGCAACCAAGACCGGGCGGCGGAUUGGGAAGACGAUUUUAUGUAG